AUGAGAGGCUCAGUUUUUACUUUAUUUUUAUUCUCUGUCCUACUUGCCGCCUCAGAAGUGAGGAGCGACGAGCCGUUGAAGCUCUGCGGGAAAGACUUCAUCCGAGCAAUCAUCUACAUCUGUGGUGCCUCCAGGUGGAGAAGGCAUCUGGAGGGAAGUCUUCAAGUUCAGCAAGCUGAGAAAAGAAACCACUUCCAUCUCCCAAAGGAACAUGAUGCUUCUCAGGAAAUCACAGCGCAAGAUCUUCUGAAGCCGGACUCUGCGGCAGAAGAUCUUCCUCAGGGUGGACAGCUGCCUGCGGAAGGGAUGCGGGAAUCCAGGAAGCACUCAGUGAAGUCCAGAAGAGACCUCCCCCUCUUCUGCUGCACUGCUGGCUGUAGCAUGGCUGACUUGAGCUCUUUUUGUUAA